CCAAUUUUAUUGCUUAUCGCCUUGCGGACAGCAAGCUAGCCAACUAAGCAUUCAGCAGAAAAGAGAGAGAAGAAAGAAAAUUAGAAAAAUAAAAAAAAAAAAAAAAUUUCUUCCUUGUUUCCAGUUUCAAAUCUUUUAUUUGCUUGCUUCUGAUUCUCAGACCGUUGUUGUCUUUCAUUUGCAAGAAGAAACCAGACAUGGCUGAGAUCUCAGGAACUAAUGGCAGACAUGUAGUUGUGUUGGAUGUUAAGGAAGAUAAUCCUUGUAAUCCUCUUCCGCCUUGUAAUGAGCCGCCGCCUUGUCCCUCCAGAACCAAGGAAGAUUCAAUCUUAAGCAUCUCUGUACCUUUCAUUCAAAAGUUGAUAGCUGAGGUGGUUGGCACUUACUUCUUGAUAUUUGCCGGAUGUACAUCGGUGGCAGUGAAUUUGAACUUCGAUAAGGUGGUGACACUUCCAGGAAUAUCAAUAGUCUGGGGAUUAGCUGUGAUGGUCUUGGUUUACUCUGUUGGUCAUAUCUCCGGUGCCCAUUUCAACCCUGCUGUCACUCUUGCCUUUGCCACCUGCAGGAGAUUUCCAUGGAAACAGGUUCCUGCUUAUAUAGCAUGUCAAGUCACUGGAUCGACACUAGCUGCCGGAACAAUUCGAUUAAUUUUUACUGGGAAGCAAGAUCAUUUCACAGGAACAAUGCCAGCAGGAUCAGAUAUGCAGUCCUUUGUAGUUGAGUUUAUAAUCACAUUCUAUCUCAUGUUUGUCAUAUCAGGCGUCGCGACUGAUAAUCGAGCUAUUGGUGAACUUGCUGGACUUGCUGUUGGAGCCACUGUCCUCCUAAAUGUGAUGUUUGCUGGUGCAAUUUCAGGGGCAUCAAUGAACCCAGCAAGAAGCUUGGGGCCUGCAAUUGUAUCACGCCAAUACAAGGGGCUAUGGAUUUAUAUAGUGUCGCCAAUACUUGGUGCUCAAGCAGGUGCAUGGGUCUAUAACAUGAUUAGGUAUACAGAUAAGCCUCUGAGAGAAAUCACCAAGAGUGCUUCAUUUCUCAAGAAUACAGGACGUGCUUGACAAGAAGAUGAUUUCUGUUUCUUCUGUGUUUCGUGUAAUCUAAUACAAUACGUGGCCUGUUAUUCCUGCACUAGAAGGAUAUUCUGUCAUCAAUGGAGUAGAAAGAUUUCUAAUA